UUACAAGUUAUGGAAGUAAAGGUAUCUAAUUGAUUUCUUGCAGCUAAUAAUAGCAGUGCGGAAUGUACUCCAGGAAAAGAUAACGAUGCGUGUGGAUCUCAUAAACAGUGCGCGAAGAAACUAGAUGACAAGCAGUACCACUGUGUUUGUAAACCAGGAUACGUACUAAAAGGAGAUUCUUGUGAAGAUCUAGAUGAAUGCAAGAAGAAAAAGAUUCGAGUCAAGUGUAGAAGUAUGGGAGCCACAUGCAAAAAUACCCAUGGUUCGUUCGAGUGUGCGUGUCAUCAAGGAUUUAAGAUGCAUCCUUUGAAUCAUGUUUGCGAAGAUCAGGAUGAAUGUAAGGAUUUAGAAAUAUGCCACGAGAAAGCCACGUGUCACAACACGAGAGGAACGUACCGAUGCACGUGCAAAAAAGGAUUUGCUGGCGACGGAGUGGAGUGUGUUGUAGACAUAGCUUACAACCAGGAGAAAGACAAACAGCUGAUCUUAAUGAUCGGAGGCGCAGCUGGUGGAGGAGUGCUUUUAAUCAUUGCUUUGAUAGCGUUUUGCUGCUGUGCAAGAAAGCGAAAGAAAGAGGAGAAAGAGGAAAAUAUCGAAAAAAUGGAAUCUACGCUUUCUCAAUAUGGAAAUGAUUGGGAAAGCUCUGACGAUUCAGACGAAGAGUCCGACUGAAGCAAGAAAAUAAACAUGAUUCAAAUUCGGUUGCUCCGUGUUCAAUUUUUGUCUUACGAAACUGAUUAUAUAAGAGCAAAUAUCUGUUUAUCACCGUUUUCUUCACGGGGAACAUGUGAUUUUCUUAAAAUAAUCAGAAAACAGAUUUUUGUGCACCUCUGUUUUAUUUUGAUAAAGCAGUUCGGCAGUAUUAACAAGGGAAACUUUUCUCAUUUUGUUUUAUAACACAGGAAAUAAAAAGAAUUGUUUGAAUAAAUUGUUAUUUGGGAGAACAACCAGACUACCUUUUCAUUUUUUAACUCCACUCCGUCUGCAGAGCACAAAUAACGCAACAAACAACUACGAACAUCUUUCGCGGUUACUGGUAGGGCGCUAACCGCGGCAGUCACAUGUACCCGUCAGGUACCUAUUUUUCCUGUGAAAUCAGCCAUGCCAGAAUAGCUAAAUUUUAUGCCUCCUCACUAGUUAUUAGUUUUUAAUUGGGCGAAUUUCAAAAUGCAAGGUACAAGCAACAUUACCAAGGAUUGUUAUAUAAACUUCUGCAAACCAACCAGUACAAAGUCUAGUCUUGCCAUAAUUCAGGAGAAAAACCUAUUUUGUGGCCUUGAAAUAUUUAUUUCAUUUUAUGAGCAAACAGGAAGUGUUUCAUACCUUGAUUUCUUUGAAAGGUUUUAUUUGAUAAUGUAAACCAAUCUUAAAACAGUUCCCUUUACAUGCAACUAGGGUUCUAGGUUUGGUAAUAGUCCUUUGCAAGAUUUCUUUCUCAAGGCAUACAGAACAGAACUGAUGAGCUAUUAAUAUUUUGACCCCAGUUUCGCUAAAUAUACAUGCUUCUGUCAGUUAUAUUGCAAAUUUAAGUGUAUAUCUUGUACAACUGACAUUCAUGCAUUCUAUACUCAAUGGUAAGACACAACGUCCAUACUGAAUACUUGGAACUAUUAUCAAGAAUGCACUAAUGACAAACAUUAGCACAAUUCUAUUUGUACACUAAUCAAGACAUGCUGCAAUCUGACUGGCUGAGCUACUCGAACACAAUCAGCCAUUAGUGUGCAGUGGCUGGAGGUUGUCCACAUAAUGACAAAAUUUCCUGGUUUCUCUCAUGCUACGAGGAAGAUUUAGAAAUAUUACUGGAUAAUAACUAUCCAGUAAUAUAAUUAUUACACUCUCAAGGAAAGAAAGGAAAUUGACCAUCAUGCUACAUUUAAACCUCAAAAUUUUUCAAUGAACCAAUGAGUGCGUGUGCACUAUUGCAAGUUUCAAAUACAGUUCAGUCCAGACAAUGUUGCUAAAGAAGUGAGGUUUAGCACUACGGUGACAAAUGAAUGGAUAUUGUCUACAUUUGAAAGAAAUUUAGUAAGUUAGAAUUCUACUACACAAUUACAAUUAUUCGCUUGGGAUUUCUAUGAGGUGAUUAUUAGUUGAUUUGGCCUUUGGCUUCCUCAGCGAUCACCUCAUAGAAAUCUUGAGCUUGUAAUCUAAUCGUUGAUCAGAAUAGCAAUAUCAAGACAUGUGCCAGUACAGUGUUUUAUUACACAAGAAUCCUAUUUAAUAUGUCUGUUAUGACUAAACAGAUCUUACACUAGGGAACUCUUAACACUGUCUGCCAGCAGGUUUUCAUUUCCACUGAUAAAAACAGCAUUGAUUCUAUUAUAGCAAAAAAAAUGUGCUUUCAUUGCCAGACUUCCCCUACCUUUCCCUCUACUCUUUCCUGGAUUUCAUCACCGCUAAUCAAGUAGUGUAAAAGUGGUGAAUUAUUAUACUCUUGGGUCUCUAACCUCUUACAAAUACAGUGUACAUACUUCUGACCCAUCAUGCUUGGAGUUUGUGCAACAGCUAAUAAGAUUGUCUGCAGUCAACGAAGGAGGCUCCCACAUCAUUAGAAUACUAUCAAGUUCUCAAUACAACUUCUCACAUAUUUUGUAGAAUUUUCCCUUGUAAUUUCUACUCUCCAAUCAUGACAGCUUUCCACAGAUCAUCAAGUCUUUCAGUCUUGUCAGGUUCCUACUUAAGUCUUGUAUAAAAAGUUUACGAGAAGUUAAAGUGUAACAAUUAGUUAUUACUGCAGAUGAAAGUGUUGCCUAGCUUACAGGGACAACUGAGCUAAUUUACACAUAUCACAGGCAAGAUUAACAAAUUAUGUAACAUUGGUCAUGAAUGGCUGAAAAUAUUCUCACACAUAAUUCAUGGUUGACGUACUUGUCAUCUUACACUUACAACAAA